AUGAUACCGAGCAACAUCACAAAGGUGGGAGCAGAGGCAGGACACAGAAUUGACUUCAUCUCUGCCAAAGUGAAAAGAAAGUCUCUGAAUAGACUCCUGGAUGGUCAGCUGGCAGCAGGGACGUGUGAGAUAGUCACUCUGGAUCGUGAUAGCAGUCAGCCGAGGCGGACCAUCGCACGACAGACGGCAAGGUGUGCCUGCAAGAAGGGCCAGAUUGCUGGCACCACAAGAGCCAGACCAGCCUGUGUAGACGCUGGUAUAGUGAGGAGCCGGCAGUGGUGUAAGAUGCUGCCAUGUUUGGAGGACGAGGGCUGCGACCUCCUGGUUAACCAGUCAGGCUGGACCUGCACACAGCCGGGAGGCCGCAUCAAGACCACCACGAGGCUGUUGUUUGAAGAUCCCAGGAGGUCAGCAGUUUCUGUGACACUGGAUUCACCGCGUCUGGCACCAAAGUCUUUCGAGGUCAAAGUUGCUUAG